AUGUCUCCUCCAACGCUCGACUCUCGAUCUUCCACCACUCUGGGCCCCAUCACUCCAACCGUCGACCUGACCUCCCACACAUAUCCUGCGAUCAAGCCGGCCUUUGAGACGACAGGAUCGUGCUGGACUGCUCCCUUCCGGGACGGUCUGCCCACUCCUCCCAGCGACAUGACUGGUGUCGCCUACAAUGCCAUCCCACCUGCGGCCUACGGCGGGAAAGGCCAUGCGAUGCCUUCCCACCUGCACAAUCACUCGCGAUCCAACUACGGCUCGAUUUCGUCGUCCAUGGUAGCUUCCAUGAAGUCCAACCACUCAGCGACUCAAUCGGCCCCCGCGCCUGUGAAAGAAGCCCCGGUCACAGAGCCGGUCAGCCAGAAGAAGUCCUCGGGAACGACGGCAACCCCAGUGCUGCGAAUUCCUUCGUCCAUCAACAACAGCAAUGGCACUUUGGCUGAGUUUGCGGCUCAGAUGACCUGUCUCUUCUGGUUCGAGAAGACCCCCAAACUACAAGCCAUCGAAGAUCGCCGCAACCCAGCGCUCUCUCUCGUCUCGGAGGCCUUCCCCACUGUCGGAUUCCAAAAGUGGGUGGCUUCGAUUCUUGCGACCACCCAAGUCAGCCAGAAUGUGAUUCUGCUGGCCUUGCUUUUCAUCUACCGACUGAAGAAGUUCAACUCCGGUGUGAAGGGAAAGAAAGGCAGCGAGUUCCGGCUGAUGACUGUUGCUCUGAUGCUCGGCAAUAAAUACCUCGACGAUAACACCUACACCAAUAAGACGUGGGCCGAGGUCUCUGGCAUCGCAGUACAGGAGAUCCACAUCAUGGAGGUCGAGUUCCUCAGCAACAUUCGCUACGACCUGUUCUCUUCUAAGGAGAAAUGGGCCGAAUGGCACACCAAGUUGGGCCUUUUCAGCGACUACUUCAACCAAGCUUCCAAGCUUCCCGCUGAAGGAGAGACCCCGUUGAUGCGAGUCUCGCCGCCUCGUCUUCAGGCGCAUUCGCCCUUAUCCAAGCUCCCAUCACCCCCGAUGGAUGCAUACCGACCUCAGUCGCAGCCCCAACAAUCUAACUGGUUCGGGACACUUUCUGGCCUGCCCUACCCGGGUACUGCACAGCUGGGCGAGGUUGCUGUGGGUGGACCCCGCAAGCGAAGCCGCGAUGACGAUGAUGAGCUUCACCCCGUUAAGCGUGCCAUGACUGCUGCUCAUACAACUCCUUCCUUGACAAUUCCUUCAUCAAACAUGACUUCCGUGGUUCCUCCUCUCCCACCAGUCUUGACCCCGACUUCUGCGCCCGUCGCUCAGACCUCAAUGGCCGGACAUGUUGCACGCCUCCCACCUCCCAAUCUCCCUUCAUCCAACACUAUGCCUCAAUCUCUUCCCUCCACUGCGGUCUCUCAGCUGCCGGUGCCGGCUCUCAUGCCUACCGCCUACCAACGGAAUUCGAACUGGGCUAUGCAGAUGCCCUCCAGUGCCAUUCCUUCAACCAUGGCAUCGGGCAUCUACAACACGACUGCUCUCCCGGAAUUGGGUCGUCACCAGAGUCCCUACGGCGUUUCGUCUGCCACCGUCUCGCCAGCUGUGUCCGCCUACUCUGUCCACACUCCGCAAAAGCACCUUUCUCCAUCUUACUUCCUCGCCAACCGCAACUCCCCUUACCGACCCGUUCGCUCGGUGAACACCUUGCUCAUCCCACCUCCUUCCACCUCCAUGCAGCAUCAGCGCAGUGUUCCCUUCGACCACAUGCACUAUCAGCCACUGGGUAAAUCCUCCACUGACCGCAAGACCGGACUGCUCCCAUACAUCCACCCAGAGUCGUGGAACCAAAUCCACUUCCAGCCUCUCUUCCCUCCCACUCAGUUUUCUGGCUAG